AUGGUAGUUGGCGACGCCGAAGUCGGCAAAACAACCCUGCUACAUUGCUUUGCCAGCAAGGGCUUCACAAAUCCCUACAUCAUCCCAGUUUUUGAUGACUAUCACAUGGAACUGCCGCCAGAGCAAAGUGGAGACAAUAAGGUAGGAUAAAAAUUCCCACCUCUCCGACCCACCCCACCCCUCCACCCAGAUAAACCUCUAUCUCACUGACGCUCGAGGACUGGACCGUCACAAAACCCUGCGACUGCACUCCUACCGUGGCAAAGACGUCUUCCUGAUCUGUUUCUCUAUAGCCGACAAGAACACCCUACGGAACGCCAAACGCAUCUGGUUGAAAGAGGUAAUCGGAUGUCCGCAAGGCUAUUCUAAAAUGCAGGUAGAUUAGGCAGCAGAUGCCGGAGACUCCGGUCAUCUUGGUGGGCACUAAAGACGACCUGAGAGGAGCAGCCAGGGAUGCUGCCGGCAGAUCUCGCCUGCGAUUGGUGUCCUCCAAGAAGGCCAAGGACAAGGCCAAGGUCAUGGGGGCAUGUGCGUACAUUGAGUGCUCUGGUUGGUUGAUCUCCUGACAGAAGAUAUUUUCUAAAUACCAAUCUUCUAGCAAACACUCAGUACAAUGUAGAAAAAGUAUUCAAGCUGGCCGUUGAUGCAGUUGUGGCGAAUCAAGGAGAGGAGAGGACGCUAAAGAAGAGAAGGAAGUGCGGCUGUUUUUAG